AUGAAUCUCAAUCUGGACUACCUGCUGAAAGUCAUAUGGGAGUAUCUGAAUCUGAUUCAAAUAUACACCAAGAAACAGGGCCGCAAGCCGGAUCUCACCGAGGGCAUCAUCCUUCGCAGUGGAGCUAGCGUGGAACAUGUAUGUCAUUGCAUUCAUCGGACCCUCGCAAGCAAUUUCAAGUAUGCAUUGGUCUGGACGGCAACAGAGCCAGAAAAGGCCUUCCUAGUGUCCCAUGUCUUUGCUGGUGAUGCCCUUCUGCUUAUGUCCUAG